CGAGAGCGCUGGAUGACGGACUUCACGAGAAGACGUAGUAGCACCGCGAGUUCAAGCAGCAACAUCAGCACCGAUGUGGAUCGCGAAGUGGCACAUGACAAAGCGGAAGAAGCAAGGCUGGAAGCACAGGAGGCCAGAGCACAAGAGACAACUGCAAUGCAGCCAGAUACGAGGAGAUCGCCUCCUUCAACAUCUCCGCCUGCCUCUCCCGGCCGUGGUCAAACGCCGUUCGUCAGCCUGUACGCCCGUCAUAUGGACGACAUCGAGAACGGGACCCUUCCUCCCCGUCCCAACCUGCAUCCUCGCCGCGCCGUUGACGAUGUUGAGGCCCCUCCGGCAUACCACAGCAUCAUUCCACCGAAUGAAGCACCACCAGCAUACGACACACCGGCGUACGAGCCAAGGUCUGACGACGAGGGUGGAUCAUCGCCACGAUCUCGCUCGAAUGAUAGGGUGCGUCAAUACCUCACGCGCUUCUAGAAUUUUCUGCGUUGGGGAUCUUGCGUUGACGACUUUGGACUCUUGGAGCAUGAUGAGGAGUUUCGGAUCGUUUGCUCUAUCUACCAGCGGUGGCGGAAUCUUGACCGGCGGAGCUUGCAUUUACGGGAUCGCAGGUCACGAGUAAUGAGCUCAACGGCUGUGAUCUAGAAGACUUUGCCCGUGGGAUUGAGCAUGGCGGCAUUGCCUUGGAUGCGCUUUCUGGGGUUCAGGCAGGCAGAUUUCUACUGAUGUAGUUUACAGAAUGAUAUGGGACCACUCUGAU